CAAAUAUAUACAUUAUUUAUGACUAUCUAUUAUCAAUUUGUUAAAUAUGUGAUACGUAUUAGACCAUGAUGAAUCUGAAAGUUGGAAUUCUCCUGGCCGUUUCACUGUUUGCAGUCUGCUCAGCGGACAGCUGCAGCAAUAACAGAUGCGGAACAUUCGAUUUGAAUGCGUACGACUGCCAAUGCAAUGGCGAGUGCAUAUAUCACGGAAAUUGCUGCAGUGAUUACAGUACACUGUGUGAUCCAGACGCUACAUGCAGCGGACGAACAUGCUAUAACGGACACGACACCGGCAAACCUUGUCAAUGCAACGACUAUUGCGUUCAGUAUAACGACUGCUGUCCCGAUUUUCCAGCUGCUUGCGAUGGUAGCAACGUCGUAGAAUCAUGCGCUGGUCGGUGUGGACCUGGAACUGACACAGGCGCUAGUUGCCAAUGUAAUUCAUAUUGUCUACAAUAUGGGGAUUGUUGCUCUGAUUACUCGGAAAUGUGUGAAUCUGGUGGAGGAGGAACAUCAACGACUAACCCAGGAUCUGGCACCUCUUGUUCCUCGGUAUCGGUGUCAAAUAGUGAAAUAGUGGCAGUUUCAUAUAACUUAUGGUCAAUGGAUGUCAAUGCUGCCGGCCCAAAUGACGUAACUUACGACUUACAGAGCUCCACCACUACGGGUGCAACAAAUGAUGCAGCACCAGGCCCGUUUUUUACUUACGUUAAUGAGGCAGUUUUCCAGCGAACAACAUUUCAAAAGCUCCGAGCUAUUCAAGAUAAUUAUAUCAGAAAACAAGGAUUUACUGAAGAUGUCACUGCUCAAGAAGAACAGGAAAAUUCGGACUUCCUAGAUGCCGUUCUCAGUACUGAAAUUGGGCAGUACUUGUAUGAAUUUCUUGACAGUAAAAACCUUGCCGGAUGUAAUGGAAUUGAAGGUUUCAAGCAACUCCUGAACGUCAUCUGGUUUGGAAUGUACGACAGAUCAGCGCCUGAUGACACAAGCGGAUUUGAGCAUUCAUUCGUAGGAGAAAUCAAAGGAACUAAAGUAUCGGGUUUCCACAACUGGAUGUAUUUUUACUACGAGGAACAGUAUGGGAAUUUCAACUACCAGGGUUAUGUUAGCCAGCAAGAACCUAAUAUGGUGGGCAUGAGGCAUACAUGGUACGGAGCACCUAAAAGUAUGAAUGGCUUUACAAUUGGAACAAGUCCAGAAAUUGAACUCGCCCUAUAUACUCUUUGUUAUCUGACAAGACCUGGAAGUCUCUGCACUAUCAAUUUGUCUGACGAGUUCGGAGAAGCGGUUGAAAGGAAAAUUCAAACAUGGACUUGGGGUGGUGAACAGGCGCAAGGUUAUCCCAAAUAUAUCGCCUCUGCAUACUUUUUGACAUAGCUUGCGUAAGCGAUUCCCAAACAAGAAUAGUGCCAAUUACUGAUGAAACGAUUUAAUAUAAUAAAUAAUUAAUAUUGACUAAUUUCAAUAUAUAUAAACUAAUAAAUUGUACUGUGAAAUCUAUUCUGGUCGAGAAGUAGUACAGAACAUUUUAAAAACAUCGUAGCCAGUUCGUUACGCUUGAAAUUUCGAAAAAAUACCAACCGGCUCAUCGUAUUUUUACUUGCGAAAUUGAAGAUAUAUCGAUAACUGGA